AUGGAUCAAAUCUUGAUUCUCGCAGCCGAGCCCGUGGCGGUCCUGAUUUUGUUCGCUCUGCUUUCUAGUGUUGUCAUGAUACUUAGACUGAACUCGCCAAGAAAACCCGGCUUAGACAAGAUACCGCUUUUGGGGGAAGAGUUGGGAAGCCCGGAGCAGCGUAGAAAGGCGUUUCUCUCAACUGCACAAGACUUGUACAACAAGGGUUAUGAGAGAUUCAAGGACAGGGUAUGGAGAUUAACAGGUACUGAUGGCGAAAGAAUAGUGAUACCUCGUUGCUUGUUAGACGAUGUGAAAGGCAUGCCCGAUUCCCACAUCAGUAUCGAAAAGGCCAUCGAAAAGAGUAACGAGAUCAAAUACACUGGCCUCGGAGGAAAACCGAACGAAACCGAAUUCCUGAUUCACCUAAUACGGAGCGAUCUUACGCACGGCUUGGGCCGCAUUAACGAAAGGCUUGAAGCAGAGGUUACGCGCACAGUAAUUGAAGAGCUGGGACCAUGCAAUGACUGGACUGAGGCUGUCAUCUAUCAGAAGAUGCUGCGCAUUGUCGCAAUUGCUUCGGGCAACAUCUUCCUGGGUCCAGAGCUCUGUCGCUCGGAAGACUGGAUCGUGCCUGCGACUAUGUAUACCGUCGAUCUAUUCACAGCGAUUGGCAAAUUGAAGCAGUGGAGCAAGUGGACACGGCCCAUCGGCCAGUACUUCAUCCCGGAGAUCAAAAGCCUUCAUCAGCAUCGAAGCAACGCCGUCGCCUGGUUGAGUCCUAUCGUUGCUCAACGAAGGCGGAUGGUGGAGCAGGGUCAUGAACUACCUGACGAUAUGCUUCAAUGGAUGAUGAAUAAAGCAGCAGAAUACGGUGUGAGCGACGACUCCCUCGCCCUGAUACAACUGAAUCUCGGUUUAGCCGCGAUUCACACGACCACGUUGACAACCACCCUCGUGCUCUACGACAUCGCAGUUCAGCCUGAGCUGGUGAAGGAACUUCGCCACGAGAUCAGAUCAGUCAUGGCUGCAAACGGUGGAAAAUUGACAACUCACGCUCUCUUUGAAAUGAAACUCCUCGAUAGUGUCAUGAAAGAGUCGCAAAGGAUUAACCCGGGAAACUUGGUCCGGUUCAUUCGUAUUGUUGAAAAGCCAAUUACGCUCAGCGAUGGUACGCAUCUGCCGGCUGGCACUCAUAUCGAAUCGGCUCACGCGAGCAUCGUUCAAGAUUCAAACUUGUACUCAAACCCCGAGACCUUUGAUGGCCACCGUUUCAUGAAUCUCCGAGCUGGCGCAAUCCCAGACCCGCUGGGAUACAAGAACAGAGAGCAGCAUCAGUUUGUUACAGCUACCAAGGAAUUCAUGGCCUUUGGCUACGGGCGGCAUGCAUGUCCCGGUCGAUUUUUUGCUGCCAAUGAGAUCAAGCUGAUUCUAGCUCGGAUCCUGCUUGAAUAUGAGUUUGAGAUGCCCAAGGGCUUCACUGAACGCUAUCCUAACCUGAACAUGGGGCUCGAUUCCCUGCCUGAUCCAACUAAAGCGCUCAUGUUCAAGCGGUUCAGCGCAUGA